AUGGAGCCUCUUACAGCUUAUCCAUUAAAAUGUUCGGGGCCUAAAGCAAAAGUGUUUGCAGUUUUGCUAUCUAUGGCUCUAUGCACAGUAAUGCUAUUUCUUCUACAACUAAAAUUCCUAAAACCUAAAAUCAACAGCUUUUACAACUUUGAAGUGAAAGAUGCAAAUGGAAGAACGGUUUCUCUGGAAAAGUAUAAAGGCAAAGUUGCACUAGUUGUAAACGUGGCUAGUGACUGCCAGCUCACAGACAGAAAUUACUUAGCACUGAAGGAACUGCACAAAGAGUUCGGACCAUUCCACUUCAGCGUCUUGGCUUUUCCGUGCAAUCAGUUUGGAGAAUCAGAGCCCCGCCUGAGCAAGGAAGUAGAAUCCUUUGCAAGAAAAAACUACGGAGUAACAUUCCCCAUCUUCCACAAGAUUAAGAUUCUAGGACCUGAAGCAGAGCCUGCAUUUAGAUUUCUUGUUGAUUCUGCAAAGAAAGAACCAAGGUGGAAUUUUUGGAAGUAUCUUGUCAACCCUGAGGGUCAAGUUGUGAAGUUCUGGAGGCCAGAGGAGCCCAUUGAAGUCAUCAGGCCUGACAUAGCAGCUCUGGUUAGACAAAUGAUCAUAAAAAAGAAAGAGGAUUUAUGAAAAUGGCAUUGAGCCAUUCUAAUGCAAUAGUCAAAACAGAGAAAUGUCUCCAUGAGGGUUUGGUCUCAUUUUAAACACUCUGACAAUUAAAUGCGGCACUGAAGGAUGAUUUCUUUCUUCAGGUUAUCUUGCUAGUCAGUGGUUAGAGAUGUUACUCAAAGCAAAAAUAAAGAGUAACCAUUGAAUCAAAAUGAAAUAUAUUAAGUACUUCAUCUGACACAUACUAAAAAAUUCAGAAUACAGUCACCACUGUGCUAUAAUAUUCUAUUGUUCCACUUGACAUUUUCUAGGAUUGUACUUGAUGGAAAGGCCAACACACUAGACCACUGUUUGGAUUCAAGAAUACUCUGUGGGACUGAAAUUUUUGGAGUAACCAACUGUAAAUGGCUAUGUUGAUAUAA